AUAAAAGCAUACCCACUUCUUAGAGAAACAAGAAUCAAGAGAAUAAAAUAACUAAAAUAGGAAAGCUGCAAAACCUAGAUCCAUAAUAAAGAAACCCAGAUCCAUAACAAAAGGGGAAAUAAAGAUUAAAAGAUAAGGAAUGGAAAUUGUUGUAGAAGAAAUUGGAUGUGUUGUUGAAAAAAUCCAGAGUUGUCGACCAAGCUUUCCCAUUACCGACUUUGUUCGUUACUCCCUUGUUAUCUUUGCCUCCAAAUCUCUUCACUGUCUUUAGCAACCCACUUCGAUUUAAUCAAACCCAGCAAGGGUACAUCAAUCAAACCCAGCAUUCUUCAAUCAAACCCAUCAAGGAUUCUUCAAUCGAACCCAACAGUACCUGUUGGGUUUAAUUGAUGAAUGCAGCAAGCGCUCCUGGGUUAAAUCGAUGAACCGAGCGACACCUAUUGGGUUCAUCGAUCGAACCCAAGAGCGCCUGAUGGGUUCAUUGAUUGAACCCAGUGACGUUGCUUGGUUCCUCCUCAGUUCAAUCGAUGAACCUAGUAGGUGCCACUGGGUUCAUUGAUCGAACCCAGUAGGCAUCAAUCAAACCCAAAGCCCCUAAGGCCAACGAACAAGGAUUUGGGGCAAGAUGAUGAAUGCUAGAGAUGAAAAUGAAGGGGUAACGAAAGG